CUUUCUUUUCUUGCAAGCAUUUCUAAUAUAAUAGAAAAACAUUUUCACCGAUCAUUUCAUUUUCCAUAUGGAUAAGCUCUUUUUCAACUGUUGCAUUGGAUACUGUCUUCUUUGUUCUCUUUUGCUUGUGCAUGGCAAUGAAUUAUCAUGCAAUCAAACCCCAUACCCUCAUGUGUGCAUGCAUUACAUUGGCAUUACCAACACAUUAUCAACCCUAGAUGCUUCAUCAUACUCCUUCCAUGAUAUGGCCCUUAAGGUCACCAUGGAGCAAGCCAUUCAAGCCCACAAACUUGUCUCAACCAUGGAAUUAAAUAAUUUCAAGGACAACCGAGCCAAGUCUGCAUGGGAUGAUUGUUUGGAGCUCUAUGAGGACACAAUUUAUCAACUCAAACGCUCCAUGAACUCAAACAAUAUAAAUGAUAGGCUAACAUGGCAAAGUGCAUCCGUUGCCAAUCAUCAAACAUGUCAAAAUGGUUUCAAUGAAUUCAACCUUCCCUCUCACCUAAACCACUUCCCCUCCAUGUUAAGCAACUUCUCCAAGUUGCUUAGCAAUUCCUUGUCCAUUAGCAACACCAUGUCUUUGACAUCAUCAUUAUCAACCAAACAAAGUGGUGGGCGAAGGUUGCUAUCAAAUCAAUAUGGCUUCCCCUAUUGGCUCUCUCCAUCAGAUAGAAAGCUUCUUCAGGCAACAACAACACCAAAAGCUGAUAUUGUGGUGGCACAAGAUGGAACUGGGAACUACAAGACCAUUUCUCAAGGUGUGGCUGCAGCUGCUAAGAUGAGUGGGAAAGGACGUGUUGUUAUGCACGUCAAAGCUGGUGUUUACCAUGAGAGUGUUGAUAUCAAGAGGACAGUGAAGAACUUGAUGAUCAUUGGAGAUGGAAUCGGUGCUACUAUUGUUACGGCUAAUCAUAACGUACAAGAUGGCUCCACUACUUUUCGUUCUGCUACCUUUGCGGUUUCCGGUGAGGGUUUCAUCGCUCGGGACAUAACCUUCGAGAACAGCGCGGGACCACAAAAGCACCAGGCAGUGGCCCUCCGUUCCGGCGCCGACCACUCAGUGUUCUACCGGUGUAGCUUUAAGGGCUACCAAGACACCUUAUACGUCUAUGCCCAACGCCAAUUCUACCGUGACUGUGACAUAUACGGAACCAUAGACUUCAUUUUCGGGGACGCCGUUACGGUGUUUCAAAACUGCAACAUCUACGUGAGAAAACCCAUGAGCAACCAGGGCAACACCGUGACGGCGCAAGCCAGAAGCGAUCCUAACGAGAAUACGGGUAUCAUCAUCCAUAACUGUCGCGUCACUGCAGCUUCGGACUUGAAACCUGUGCAGGGUUCUUUCAAAACGUUUCUGGGUCGUCCAUGGCAAAAGUACUCGAGGACGGUGGUCAUGAAGAGUACCCUUGAUGGGCUGAUUCACCCUGCAGGUUGGUCUCCGUGGAGUGGAAACUUCGCUUUGAGCACCCUCUAUUACGGUGAGUAUAUGAAUACAGGAGCUGGUGCUAGCGCCGGAGGCAGGGUGAACUGGCCAGGGUUUCAUAUGAUCAGAAACCCUACUGAGGCUGUGAAAUUCACUGUUGGAAAUUUCUUGUCUGGGGACUCGUGGAUUUCUGGUAGUGGCGUGCCGUUCGAUUCAGGUUUGUGAAAAAGUGAAAUAAUGCAUGCGUGGUGUGGUGGGUGAAGUGGGGGAAGAACACAUGACUUGGUUGUUUCCAAAACUGGAUAGUGACUUGGUAAAAGAUGGGUAAUUUGUCAUGUACUUCGUGUUGGGUUUUCCCUUGUACUGAGGGUACACAAGAUGCUGUACUUUGUGCCUUUUCAGUUGUCUUUAGUUCACUGAGUUCCUUUUGUCCAAGAAAUGAGGAUGAUCAUAGAUAGGAAUAUCCUGUAUAAUAAAGUUGUAAAAUAGUUUCCAGCUUCUUCUUUAAUUAUUUUGUUAAUUGUAUAUAUGGAUAAAAGUCUUUGAUUUAAAGUGUUUCCACUUGAUC